CUACACCUAUCAUGGCGGACAAAACUGAGAUCUGAGAAAACGGGUACCUGUCUAUUUGAUCUAAUAUCCAUAACUGUACAGUGUUUGGAGCCUGAACUUCUGCCAUUAGCAUGAAUGGACUAUCGCAAGCUCCUGGGACCUUCUGGAAACAGCUUGGCCAGGCAGUAUUUGUAUGUACUGGAGGAACUUUGACUUUCUUCGGUAUAUCACUUUACAAAGGCAAUGAGAAGUUUUAUCGUGAGAUGGCUAUGCCGGCACUGCAGUGGCUUGGAGCAGAGAGAGCACACAACUUAGCUGUCUUGGCUGCCAAGUACAAGAUGGUCCCAAUACCUACACUUGCAGAUUCACCUAGUCUGAAAACACGGGUUUGGGGCCUAGAGUUCAGCAACCCAGUUGGCCUUGCUGCAGGAUUUGACAAAAAUGGAGAGGCAGUGGACGGCCUCCUGAAGGUUGGAUUCGGUUUCGUUGAGAUCGGCAGCAUCACACCAGCACCACAGCCCGGCAAUCCCAAACCACGAGUCUUCAGGCUGAAAAAAGAUAAAGCUGUCAUCAACAGAUACGGUUUCAACAGCGAUGGUCAUGAAUCUGUUUACCAACGGUUGCAUCCAAGGGAGACCCCUUCAUCAGAGCCAUGUUCACUGCCUCGAAUGAGUGAGCAAAGAAAUAUGUUGAAUAUAAAUCUGUGGACUGACACAUCCUGUGCACACCAUGCUGACAACAAUAAGAAUAAUGUCAAGCAUAAAGGUGUGCUUGGUGUGAACCUUGGCAAGAACAAGACAUCAACAGAUCCUGGGAAGGACUAUGUGGCAGGUGUUAAGAAGUUUGGCCAUGUGGCUGAUUACCUGGUCAUCAACGUGUCCAGUCCCAACACACCUGGACUACGCAGUCUGCAGGGUCGGCAGCAGCUGGAAGAUCUCCUAGAAAAGGUGGUUGCUGUACGGGAUCAGCUGGGAGGGAGUCAUAAGCCACCCUUGCUGGUGAAGAUAGCGCCUGACCUCACUGACCAGGACAAGCAGGACAUUGCAGCAGUUGUCUCUUUGAAGAAGUGUCAUGUUGAUGGUCUGAUUGUUACAAACACAACUGUGUCCCGCCCCCAAAGUCUAAUGAGUGAUUGCAAAGAUGAGAUAGGGGGAUUGAGUGGAGAGCCCCUGAAAAAUCUGUCCACUGCAACUGUCAGAGACAUGUACAGACUGACACAAGGUAAGAUUCCCAUCAUCGGUGUAGGCGGAAUCAGCUCUGGUGUGGAUGCCUAUGAGAAGAUCCGUGCAGGAGCGAGUCUCCUGCAGCUGUACACCGCCCUGGUGUACCAGGGGCCACCUGUAGUCAGCCGCAUCAAGAGGGAGCUCCAGGAACUACUGCAGUCCGAGGGCUACUCCAACAUAUCCCAGGCAGUGGGAGCUGACCACAGGGACAAGUGACGGACCAAGCAUGUACAAAGAUGGAUGUGAAGGUUCACAUGGAGACUACACAUUGUGUGUCAGCUGUGGAGCAGGCUGGGGAGUGGAGGUGGCAGACUGAGGUGCUCUCUCUGUACAUGGCUGGUUCAUGUAGCAUCAACACAGCUCACGUUGGACUCAGUACCGUUUUCACAGGAGUGUUUGGUUUCCUUGUCACGUGUAGUAGAUACUGAGGAGUGACAUGGCUGAUUUUCUGUUUGAAAUGUAGACAACAUUAUAUGUCCGGAUAUACUGGAAAGAGGAUUUACUUUUGCUAUUUCAGAUCAGCUUUAAUACAUUGGUUUGUAUAUGUGAA